CGUUCAGGUUCACUGGCGAGCCUUUUCAGCUGGUUAGCCAAACAACCAUAGAAAAGAGAUGAGCAGGAAAGUGAGACGAAGAAAACGCGAACAGUUUAUAACAAGUUAGAAAAACAGAGACGAAAGGUCAGCGUAAAAACAUCGAGAGCGGGUGGUUCAACACGCGGCAUUGCUCUCACCCAGGGGUCAAAGCUUCACCUGUUGUGUUAUAGGAACAAACAGCCGGGUUGUCUCUGUGGGCCACGUGCACUACAGCCCGCUAGCUUACACUUGUGUCACUAAAUCAGAGAACUAAAGUAUCACAAGUGUCAGAUGUGGAAAAACCUCCCGACUCUUCCUGUCUGCUGUUAUGUCUGAACCUGAAGCUGGUACAGCUUCCACGUCCAUAAUAGCAUGUUAGCAUAUGGUUAAAUACAGGCCUUUAACCUCAUCCUUUCUAUUAGCAUCUCUGGCCCCUACAAGGGGGUUUACAGUCAUUCGUGGUGGUCCCCCCUCACCCCUUCAUCUUUUCAUUUCUCAUUCAUUCACUCAUCCACAUCAGCUCUACCCCAUCUCACCGUAGCGUCUUUCCUCACUAAAAUCAGCUAAAACCAAGCUGCCUGAGCUCAGCCAGUGUCUGAGAGGCUAACUGCUAGGCUUUUGUUUUGGUGGUUAUUUUGGUUGUAUGGAAUCGGCUUAAUCGUGGAGAGGCCAGGCUACCACAAACUGAUGGACUUUGACAAGCGAGGAGUCGGGGGAGGAGGGGGCGGGGGAGGAGGCGGAGGUGGCGGUGGAGGAGGUGGAGGAAAGGGGGAGACAGAGGAUGCAAAGAGGAUGCCUGGGAAGACCGGGAGCCGACCGGGGCACGGGCGGGGAGCUGGCUCCAACUCUGGGGUUCUGAUGGUCGGCCCAAACUUCCGGGUUGGAAAGAAGAUUGGCUGCGGGAACUUUGGAGAGCUUCGGCUUGGAAAGAACCUCUACACCAAUGAAUAUGUGGCCAUCAAACUGGAACCUAUUAAGUCACGAGCGCCACAACUCCAUCUAGAAUAUCGCUUCUACAAACAGCUGGGAAGUUCAGAGGGUGUACCCCAGGUGUUUUACUUUGGACCAUGUGGUAAAUACAAUGCUAUGGUUCUGGAGCUACUGGGACCCAGCUUAGAAGAUCUGUUUGACCUCUGUGACAGGACUUUCUCUCUAAAGACUGUACUUAUGAUAGCCAUACAGCUGAUAACUCGUAUGGAGUUUGUCCACACCAGAAGCCUGAUCUAUAGAGAUGUGAAACCCGAGAACUUCCUGGUUGGCCGACCAGGUUCCAAGAGGCAGCACACAAUCCACAUCAUCGACUUUGGCCUGGCGAAAGAAUACAUUGACCCAGAGACCAAGCAGCACAUCCCUUACAGAGAACACAAGAGUCUAACUGGAACUGCUAGAUACAUGAGCAUAAAUACACAUCUGGGGAAAGAGCAAAGCCGGCGGGAUGACCUGGAAGCUCUGGGCCACAUGUUCAUGUACUUCCUGCGAGGCAGCUUGCCCUGGCAGGGACUCAAGGCUGACACUCUGAAAGAACGUUAUCAGAAGAUAGGAGACACAAAAAGAGACACCCCAAUAGAGGUCCUCUGUGAGAACUUCCCAGAAGAGAUGGCCACCUACUUGCGCUAUGUGCGUCGGCUCGACUUCUUUGAGAAGCCAGACUACGACUAUCUGAGGAAGCUCUUCACAGACCUCUUUGACAGAAAUGGAUACAUCUUUGAUUACCAGUACGACUGGACUGGGAAGCCACUGCCCACUCCGAUUGGUCCAGUGGCCAGCGAGACUCCACUUCAGACGAGCAACCGAGAUAAAGCACCACAAACCAAAAACCAGUCUCCAGAGGGGAAAGGCAGCGAGUCCCAGCCCACUCCAGUGACCAAUCGAGAGCUUCUGGGCUCCCAUCUCACUGCUGAUAGGCUGGGCGGGUCUGUCCAGGUGAUGAGUUCAACCAACGGUGAGCUGAAUACGGAUGACCCCACUGCAGGACACUCCAAUGCACCAAUCACAGCCAACCCAGAGGUUGAAGUCGCUGACGAUACCAAGUGCUGCUGUUUCUUCAAGAGGAGGAAGAGGAAAGCUCUCCAGAGACACAAAUGAAGACAAACAAGGGAACCUGUGGCUCUCCUCUUCACAUCUGUUCUUUUCGCUUCUUUCUCUCACCCCUCUCCUCUUCCUCACCUCUGCUAACGGGUGUCCACCUUGGCUCAGCUGGUAUACUGGUUUCUACUGGUCUGGACUGAGCAGUGAAGAGAGCGUUUGCUGCCUCUACCAGCAACAAUCCCCUUGUGUAUUUAUGGCCAAGGACUGAAGUGAAACCAGAGCAGCACAGACUGCUGCAGGGAAACAUGUGGCCACAAGAAUACAGCUGAUGGACUGAAAAACAAGUUGAUGACUGGAUUCAGCUGCUUUCCUGGCCGACUGGCUACUUCUCACUUUUUUCCCCCUUUCCCGUUACUGACUGGUUCAGAGGAGACACGAGUGUGUUUGAGAGAGGACUCAAAGUACAAGGGUGCAAUGAGUCACACGUGCACACCCAACACACGAACACAUACACUGCACACUUUUCUGGAGCUCAUUGCGAAUCGAUUUCAUGGACAAAGAGGUGCAGCUCGCGCACAGUCAUUCAAGUUUUUAUUCCUUAGGGUCAAAGGAAGAGCACUGUGAGUGGACUGGACUAUUUCCUGAAAUGGACCAGGCUCGGUGAAUUCCUGAAUCCCUUUCAGAGGAAAAACCCCACGACCACCAGAAUCAAAAGUUUAAACAGAAGUUUAUGUAAAAUCGAUGCUUUGUUUCCUGUUUUAAUUUGUAACUAAAAACAGAAAAGACUUCUAUUUUCAUCCUGUUUUUCCCCAUGAUUUCAGUUGUUCAGAAACUCUGUGUUUUGUAGUUUCUAGUGUGUUCCUCAAAAUGUUUUUUUUUCUUAAUAACUUUUUAAUUUUCUGUUGUUUUUUUCUUUCUUUUUUCCCCCCUCUUCCUCUCUGGGUUGGGGGAUGGAACGUCAGAUAACUCCAUUAAAAAACAACCAAACAACUUUAAAA